CUUGGUAGAGUUGUAUAAGGCACAGGAGAGGUGGAGGCUGGAGAGAGCGGAGGGGAAAGUUGGGAACUCUAAAUUGCAAGUGUCUCUAACAGGAUGCUGCAGGCACAUUUCUUCAAUCCUAUGUCAAAGAUGCUGCUGCUUGUCUUGCUAAUGUCCAUUGUUCUGUACUGCGGUGGCGCUCAGCGUUCUGAGCCCAUGUUCACGGCUGUCACCAACACUGUUCUACUACCAGAUUAUGAAAAUAAUCCAACACAGCUGAAUUAUGGGGUGGCCAUCACUGAUGUGGACAACGAUGGGGACUUUGAAAUCGUAAUAGCUGGAUAUAAUGGACCAAAUCUUGUGUUGAAAUACAUCAAAGAAAAAGGUCGUCUAGAGAAUAUAGCAGUGGAUGAACGCAGCUCUCCAUAUUAUCCACUCCGGGAUCGCCAGGGCAAUGCCAUUGGGGUCACCGCGUGUGAUAUAGAUGGCGAUGGACGAGAGGAGAUUUAUUUUCUGAACACGAACAAUGCUUUUUCAGGUAUGGCAACAUACUCGGAUAAGCUGUUCAAGUUUCGAAAUGGACGCUGGGAAGACAUCCUCAGUGACGAGGUUAACAUGCGGCGAGGGGUUGUGAGCCGGUUUGCUGGGCGCUCGGUGGCUUGCAUCGACAGAAAGGGUACAGGAAGAUACUCCAUUUACAUUGCAAACUAUGCAGAUCGGAGAGUGGGCCCUCAUGCUUUGAUUGAACUUGAUGAGGCAGCGAGUGACUUGUCCAGGGGAGUCCUUGUCCUCUCCAAUGUGGCAGCUGAAGCAGGUGUCAAUAAGUAUACAGGUGGACGUGGAGUCACAGUUGGGCCAAUCCUGAGUUCGGCUGCCUCUGACAUUUUCUGCGACAAUGAGAAUGGGCCAAACUUUCUCUUUCAGAACAAAGGCGAUGGCACCUUUGCAGACGUAGCUGCCAGCACGGGGGUGGAUGACACCUAUCAGCAUGGUCGUGGUGUUGCAUUAGCAGACUUUAAUAGGGAUGGAAAGGUAGAUAUUGUGUAUGGAAACUGGAAUGGACCUCACCGCCUGUUCUUGCAGACGAGCACAAAUGGGAAAGUCCGUUUCCGGGAUAUUGCUUCUCAGAAAUUCUCGAUGCCUUCGCCAGUCCGCACAGUAAUCGCUGCUGACUUCGAUAAUGAUCAGGAGCUGGAAGUCUUUUUCAAUAAUAUAGCCUACAGGGGUUCUUCAGCAAACCGAAUGUUUAGGGUUGGGCGCCGGGAGCAUGCAGAUCCCUUUAUGGAGGAGCUCAAUCCUGGAGAUGCUUCUGAACCGGAUGGACGAGGAACUGGUGGAGCUGUUACUGAUUUUGAUGGUGACGGAAUGCUGGAUCUAAUCCUUUCUCAUGGAGAGUCAAUGGCACAACCAAUAUCAGUCUUCAAAGGUAAACAGGGCCUGAAAAACCAUUGGCUCAGAGUAAUACCUCGUACCAAAUUUGGUGCUUUUGCUCGGGGUGCAAAAGUAGUGCUGUACACAAAGAAGAGCGGAGCACAUCUGAGAAUAAUUGAUGGUGGAUCUGGUUACCUCUGUGAAAUGGAGCCAGUGGCUCACUUUGGUCUUGGAAAAGAUGAAGCUAGCAGCUUGGAGGUGACUUGGCCUGACGGCAAAAUUUUCACUCGGGGCAUCACUGAAGGGGAAAUCAAUACCGUCAUAGAAAUUGCGUACCCUGUGGAUGAAGACAGCGCCACUAAGCCAACGCUUAUUGAGUGCGGCCAAGGUUUCUCGCUGAAUGAAAAUGGACAUUGUGGAGACACAGAUGAGUGCUUGCAGUUCCCAUUUCUCUGCCCCAGAGAAAAGCCAGUCUGUAUAAACACAUAUGGGGGUUACAAGUGUCGUCCGAACAGAAGAUGUAACCGUGGUUUUGAGCCAAAUGAAGAUGGCACAGCUUGUGUCGCAGCUCAAGUGGCAUACUUUGGAUCUUACCCAUCUUCAGCCUACAGCUUUCAGCCAAACAUGUUGCACUGUUCAUCAGUACUGCUGAGCCUUGGACUAUUUUUGCAUAUAUACUCUCUCUGAACAAAAACAAAUCAUAUCGAGGCUUUCUAUGCUUGGUUCUCUCCACUUAUACAGUAUGUCAGUAAACUGUCAGCCAACCCACCCCGGCUCCGGGACAUAGGUGGCCCUGCUACAAAACAUGCCAGAAAGAACUCUGUCUAAAGGCUUAGAGUGAAUAGUGAUAUUUUCGUAAAAUCGAGUUGUUUGUUAAUAUGUCAUGCAUGUUUUUUGAGAAAACCGAAGAGAAAAACAAAAAACAGCCGAACAACCCUUGCUGAAGAACACUUUCACGUAUCCCCUGUAAAUUCAAGUUUUAUAUUCAAAUCUUGUUUCUUUUUUUAUUAUUUUGAAUAUGUUGCCCAAAAUUUCUUGGUUACCUCUUUUGCUGCAAGAGAUGCCAAUAGAGUGGCCCAUGGCAGGCCCAUCUUGGUGGGUGAAAAAAACAGCCAAUCCCUGGUGGCUCCAUGGAAAAGAGAACACCACCCACUAUGCUGGUUUGGCCUGCCCGGCCUGAUCUUUGUCUGCUCCAUGUCCUUAUAAAGGAAGAAGCCUUAUCUAAUUUUUUUAAUUCUAUGAAAAUGAAAUGUUAAAAGAGUUGAACUUUUUUGCAGUCUUCCAGUCAUCGGUCUGAAAAAUAUGUUAGAAAUAAAAUGUACAGUAAAUAUAUAGAAGACGUGCGUUUAAACUCUUUCUUUCUGGUGUUUCGCUAAUGCCCGUCAGUAUGAGAGGACAGGAUAUGACAUAUAAGAUGGGACUCUGGAGCUGAUUUAUGAAUUCUGCAAAAAAA